AUGUACGCCGUGGUGCAGAAGAAGGCACUACUGAUGACCAAACCAGUGCUUCAGAAGGCCAUACAAGACAUGUACACGUCGUCGAUCUCCAGCCGGAGCGCGGUGGUUGUCGCCGACCUCGGCUGCUCAUCGGGGCCGAACACGCUGCUCGUCGUCGAUGAGGUGAUGAGCACACUCCGGGAUUGCGCCCGUGAGGCGGAAACGACAGACGAAGACGACCGGCGUUCCAUGCAAGUGCAGUUCUUCCUGAACGAUCUGCCUGGCAACGACUUCAACCUCGUCUUCCGGUCACUGCAGCAGUUGCAGGACUUCGAUGUGGAGGAGGAAGACGAGACGGUGGCGCUUCCUUGCUACGUUGCUGGGCUUCCGGGGUCUUAUUACAGGAGGCUUUUCCCGUGCCAAAGCGUCCAUCUCUUCCACUCGUCCUACAGCCUCAUGUGGCGCUCCAAGGUACCUGACGAUCUCUCAAAUGGAACUUAUCUGAAUGAAGAAAACAUUUACAUUGGGAAGACUACUCCACCGAGUGUGGUAAAACUGUUCCAAGAACAAUUUCAGAAGGACUUCAAGUUGUUCCUCACACUGCGGUGCAAAGAACUUGUUGGUGGUGGUCGUAUGGUUCUGACAUUUCUAGGCCGAAAGACUGAAGAGAUGUUGACGCACGGUGAAGUGGGUAGCAUGUUUGAAUUGCUUGCCAAAGCUCUCCAGUGUUUGGUCCAAAAGGUAGGUAGAUAUAAGCUUCUAAGAAUGUGUCAAAAUUCAAACGAAAUCUAUGACAACUCAUUACUAGGACCCGUCCUAGAACUAAAGCAUUCUACAAUCUAAAAUCUGCAAAUGUAAAAGGCCGUCCGAAGAUCAACCUGGUAGUGUAUCCCAAGCCACAACUACACUUAGUUACACACAAAUUAAAAUUCAGAAUCCUUUACACACAAAGGAUUGUAGUGCAUUAUUGUGAAUCUAAGAGUGCACGCUUGGAACAGGGUCUGGUGGAAAAGGAGAAAAUGAACUCCUUUAACCUUCCAUACUACGCACCAUCAGUGGAUGAAGUAAAGGCGUUGAUUGAGGAGGAGCUCUUUGACAUCGAAAACAUCAGACUCUUCGAGUCCAACUGGGAUCCCCUUGACGACUCAGACAGCGAUGUGGUGCUUGAUUGUGCCAGCAGUGGUAGAAAUGUCGCCAAUAAGAGCAUAAGGGCAGUGAUGGAGCCUCUGAUCAUCAACCACUUCGGUGAGGCCAUACUUGACGAACUGUUCAUGUUGUUUGCCGCCAUGGUUGCAAAAUACCUCGAGAUAAGGAAGGCCAAGUACCCUGUCAUUGUUGUAUCCUUGAAGAAGGUCAGGCAUUGAAUUGACCUCAGGAAUAUAUAACGUGGUGUGCAUAUA